AUGGCCUGCCUCCGCGCCCCCGCGCUCCCCGCGCGCGCAUCGCCCGCGACGUUCGCGUCCAAGACUCGCAAGUCCCUCGCGGUGCGAUCCACCGGCGGCGCUCGCAAGGUGUCGACGAACGCGUUCAGCGACGUGAACGUCGUCAUCUCCGGCUGCAACGCGCUCGCGCUCGCGCUCGGAAGGUUCGUCUGGCUCCCGAGCAUCCGCGAGAAGACGGCGAUGCAAGGGCCGGGGGUGCAAAACGGCGAGUCGCACUUCGCCGCGGGCGACGCGCGCGCGGAGGAGGCUGCCUCCGUGUUCGCGACGAACGAUCCCGCCGGGUUCACGAUCGUGGAUCUCCUCAUGUGGGGGUCCAUCGGUCACGUGGUCGGGUACUCCGCGCUCGCGUCCCAGUCCUUCGUCGACGUCUUCGGGAAGUGAGCGACGACGACGCGACGGAUGGCGGACGCGUUCGUUGUUCGUGGAAAGAUUCAAGUUCACGUCGAGAGAUGACUAGAGUGACGAUUAGGUCCGGAGGAGAGACGAGGAGAGAGAGAGAGAGAGAAGCCGACGAACUACUUGAGCAAUUCGAUGUCACCACCACUAACGUGUACUACU